UUUCACUCUCAAUCUCUUCUUCACCCUAUUAGUGGUAUCAGAUCUCUUUCUCAAACGAGCAUUAUCAAUGGCCAGUGAAUCCUCCACAACCAUUACCUCUCCCAUUUCCACUAAUGCUGCCAUUCCUACAGGAUCAAUCAAUCCGGCAUGCCAUUCUCACGUCGGUUUCGGAACCAAUUGCCCCCUACAUAUCCACGAUAGAGUCAUCACAACAAGCCUGGAGAAUCCUGGCUAAUCUCUAUGCAAACCACUCAAGAUCUAGAGUUUUUACACUCAAGGAGCGCCUCCAGAAUACUCGCCGUGAAGGCCGAACUGUCACCGAAUUUCUCCAUCAACUGAAGGUGCUUGCUGAUGAACUUGCUGCCAUAGACAAGCUCCUCACCAACGAUGAUCUGACGGUGUAUGUUCUCAACGGGAUAGGACCUGAAUUUCGUGAGAUCUCUGCUUCACUCCGUGCUCGAGACGAGCCACUUUCUUUUAAAGAACUUCAUGACAGAUUAGUUGCGCAUGAAGACAGCAUGCACCGGGAAGAAACCCGGCUUGAAAAUGCACCGGUGACUGCUCACUUUGCUGCCAUGCCCAUGAGAAAGCCCGCUGGUAAUACUCCUAAUUUUUCAACAAAUUAUGGUUUCUCAAAUACUUCUCUUCAGUCCAAUGGUGCAGGAAUCCUACCACUGCCACAAAGUAUCCAACCAUUUGGAUCAGGCCAACAUUUUGCAGGAGGAAGAGGUAAUGGGCAUAACAGGCCAACCCAAUUCAACAAAAGAAGAGGCGGCCCAACUCGGCCCAAUACUGGCAGACCCCAUAUCUCUUGUCAACUUUGCAACCAAUUUGGGCAUACAGCUCGUACUUGUUAUUUGUUUCGGAAUCAAGGCCAUGGACCCACGGCUCACUAUGCUGCAUCUACCGGUCCAAGUACUAGUGGGUGGCUGAUUGAUUCGGGUGCUAAUAAUCACAUCACCACCAAUCUGUCCAACUUGGCACUCCACUCCGAAUAUAAUGGCCCUGAUGAACUAUUAAUUGGAGAUGGCUCAGCCCCCUCAUCACCGGCUUCCAUUCCGGAUCCCUGCCCAACCUUGCCUGCCUCCUUGCCAUCUGCCGUUGCUGUAGCCUCCCCUCUGCUUGAUCUUGUCAUCCCUCCUCUGCAAGACGGCUCGCCCCCCUCUGCUUGCGGUCCAGAUCCAGCUCAGUCUCCUCUCUGCUCAGGUAAUUCCCUUGUUCUCCCUGUCACAGCCCUGCCCCCUCCCUCCCCGUCCCCUGUUCCUUCCUCUGUGACACCAAGUCCAGCUUCCCCAACCACCGCAUCUACUUCACCUGGGUCAGCCCCGUCCUCCCUUCUCCCACCAUCGCCCAUCAUCCACCGCACUCACCCAAUGAUCACCCGGUCCUUAAACAACAUCUUUAAACCCAAACAGAUGCAUCUUGCCACCAAACACCCCCUUCCAGUCUCGGUUGAGCCCUCUUGUGUGAGCCAAGCCGUGUGUCAUCCCCAUUGGCAAAGGGCUAUGUCGGAGGAAUUUGAUGCUCUGGUUCGGCAAGGCACUUGGGAUCUAGUUCCGCCAUCUCCAACCCAAAAUGUUAUUGGUUGCAAAUGGGUCUUCAGAUUAAAGAGAGGCAAAAAUGGUGAUAUUGAGCGCUACAAGGCUCGGUUGGUGGCGAAAGGAUUUCAUCAACGUCCUGGCCAUGACUAUUCCAACACCUUCAGUCCGGUCAUCAAACCAACCACCAUUCGCACUGUGUUUACCAUUGCUGUAAGUCAAGCUUGGUCAAUCCGGCAACUCAAUGUGAACAACGCCUUUCUCCAUGGCAAGGUUGAGGAGGAUUUGUACAUGGCUCAACCGGAAAGUUUUAUUGAUCACAAUCUUCCUCAUCAUGUCUGUAAAUUGAAGAAAGCAAUCUACAGUCUUAAGCAGGCUCCGCGGGCUUGGUACACUGAAUUGAAACAGUUCCUCCUUGGAUGUGGUAUGGUUGAUUCUCGUUCUGAUUGCUCUUUAUUCAUCUAUAAUAAUGCUGGAAUUGUUGUCUAUGUGCUGGUCUAUGUUGAUGAUAUCUUGAUUACUGGGAAUAGUGCUACUUUUAUCUCAGACUUGAUUCACAGGUUGGGGCAGAAGUUUUCUUUGAAGGACCUUGGUGACCUCAGUUUGUUCUUGGGCAUAGAAGCUACUACAACCUCUGCUGGUUUAUUCCUUUCUCAACAUAGGUACAUUAAUGAUCUCUUGCAGAAGCACAAAAUGGAUGGUGCGAAACCGGUUGCCACGCCUAUGCCUACUUUUGGGUUGUCUUCCCAAACCAGCUCUCCACGACUUCCUGAUGGCACAGCCUAUCGGAAACUCAUUGGCUCCCUGCAGUACCUAUCCUUAACUCGUCCGGAUAUCUCUUUUGCUAUUAACAAACUAUCUCAGUAUAUGCACUGUCCAAUUGAGAUGCACUGGCAGGCCGUAAAACGUAUCCUUCGAUAUCUGAAGCACACCAUGUUCCAUGGGCUACUGAUACGACCCACUUCUACUCUUGCUCUUCAUGCUUUCAGUGACUCUGACUGGGCAGGUGAUAAGGACACUCGGGUUUCUACUACUGGCUAUAUUGUCUUCCUUGGUGCUACCCCUAUCUCUUGGAAGGCUAGCAAGCAAAAAGCUAUUGCCCGCAGUUCCACCGAGGCAGAGUAUAGAGCUUUGGCAGCAGCUUCUUCUGAGAUAGUAUGGGUACUGAAUCUGUUGACUAAGCUUGGGAUUCAAGUUGAUGCCCCACCAGUGCUUUCUGAGAUAAAAAUUCUUCGUGUCUCUCACAUUGCCUCUGCCGAUCAACUUGCUGAUGGGUUGACAAAACCACUUUCCUCUUCUAGAUUUGCCUUGCUGCGUUCCAAGAUUGAUAUCGCUGAUGGCUCUACCAUCUUGCGGGGGCGUAUUAUGGAAACACAUGAUGCUACACCACCAAUCACGGCUCAAUCAACUACACAGGAUAUCAGAUCCUAAUCAUCCUUACAAUCAGCCAUUGCUAAUCAUAUAUUCUGCAUUCAUUGUAUUAUGUAUGUUGCUGUUUUUACAAGCUCUUUCCAUAUGUGUUAGGGCAACACCUCAACUGUAUAUAUGUAUAACCUCUGUGAAUGAAUCAAG